GGGAAGGAAAGUGAGCUGGAAGAAGUGCUGGAUGGUGUUACUGGCUGUGAUAUAAGCAGUUUCCCCCACCCCUUUUCUUAACCUACAUGCAUCUCACUGAUUGGUUAAGAAGGAGAAUGUGGACAUGUGGGUGUUAUUAUGACAGAGCCCAGAGUCUGCCUCAGUUAAUUUGUGUCUGGAUUUUGACUUUCCCCUCCAAAUCUUUUCUUGUUUGAAUGAUACGGAUGUUUCAGACAAAUGCAGAAUGGAAGUAGCACAUGGUUGAAUGGGAAAUUAUAUUGUUACCUGCUUAGUCUUUUUUUUUAAUUAACACUUGGAAAGAACCAGCAGUGCUUUAACACCUUUGUCAGACAAAGCCUCUGAAAGAGUGGAAGACGAGAUCAUGGCGAAGUUAACAGUGGCCCUUUUGUGUACAGGAUGUUUUCUGCUCCAUGUGUCAGGCCAAGACUUUGACUUGUUAGAUGCUCUAGAUUCAGUCACCAAGAAGCCUCCAGGGGGGAAUCGUCCUAAACCUCUAUAUCCAACUCUGAGACCACCACCAGGAGGCCAUGGAAAUAGAGAUGAUUAUUUUGAUUUAGAAGAUGCCCUUGGUGGUAAUGGUAAUGAUGAUCACCCGAAACCUCAGCCAUAUCCACGUCCUCCACCACGACCAGGAAGCCACGGUGAUUCUGGUAGUUUUACUGACUUGGAUCUUAAUGAUGGGAAACCUCUACCUCCCAGGGCCCCAGAUGGGAAUGAACAUAUUUCAACGAAUGGAGGAAAUACCGCUGAUGCUACUAAGACAGCUCAGAUAACAUCCCCUGUUGUGUCUAUAGUUGUGUUGUGUGCGGUUGGGGGACUAGUUGCCUAUAAUGCUUACAAGAAGAAGAGAUACUGUUUUAAACCAACAGGUGACACAGCUGCAUAAACCAUCAGGCAAGAAAGAGACCCAGAUUCUAGUGGUGUGUUGUGCAAUAUGAAACGUUUCUUGGGUGCAAUUUGAAAAACAAUUAGCCUUUCAAAACCUUACCAGACCCGUUAAUCAUGCAAAGAGUUGAAGGAGUUCUCUAUUAACAUAGCAUAGAAUAUUUCAAAUUCAAGAUCUGUUUAAUCUUUCUUAUGUUUUCUGUAUAUGUACGGGUAAACUGAAUUUGCUUACUUUGUAUCUAUUGUUGUUUUUGUGCAACCUGUAGGACACGACUGCUCAUCAAAAGAAUCUUGCAAGCAAUGUUCCCUCUAAGCUGUAGAGUCUUGUGAGCAAAAAUUCUACUUUGUGAGCUA